CCAUCCGACAUCGACAAGCACAUCAAAUACUACGUCCAGAAAACAACAGGAACGCCAUCACGGAAGGCGCUGCUCGCAGUAUUCCUUUACCAAUAUCGCGAGGAGCUACUCUCACUUUUCCUAAAGUGGUUAAGGUCUGAUGUCCCCGAUAUCCCGUCUGACGACUCGAUGCCGUUUACGAGGGCAGCUCUACAUCGAUAUGGAAUUCCAUUUUUGUAUCACCAUGGAAUCCUGGGAGAGCAGGCCAUAUUCAAACCAGUGACGAUUCAGAGGCUCCUUCACCAGAAGUUCAGCAACGAGGAUCGCUUACCCUUCAUUGGAGGGCAGGAGCCGAUCAAGACAGGCUCUUCAGGCGACGUCGUCAAGACCGAAAUCGCGCAGCACCAUUGGGAGAUCGACGUCGAUGGUGAAAUCAUUCCUGGAAACCCAAAUAACACAACCAUUGUAGCUCUCAAAACCUUCAAGAAGGACGCCAAUCGAAGUAUGGACGAGGCGACCCGAGACUUCAAUAUCGAGCUCAACAUUUUGAAGGAACUGCGAAGCUGCAAAACUAAGCAUGAUAUGAUCAUGCUGGAUUGGGGAAGCAUUACCAUAGUAGACCACCAAGGAGCAGCUAUAAGUCACUCGCUGAUUUUUGAGCUUGCAACGUUCAGUCUCGAAGACCUCCUCAAGGACGAAGACCGUGCCAAGAAAUACUUAAGAAAAGGUCUAUUGCUUGCUAGUCUUGUUGAUAUUGUGGAGGCGUUGGCAUGCUUGCAUGAUAAGGUUCAGACUUUCCAUUUCGAUAUCAAGCCCGACAACAUUUUGAUCUUCGAAAGAGACUUAAGUCGCUCUACAUCAGGGAACCAGAGUCAUCAUGAGCUAAUCUGGAAGCUCAGUGACUUUGGUCUAGCACGAAAGAAAGCUGCAAGGCAAAGAGUUAGUAUUGCGAGUGGUUCAGCGGCCACCUCUGUAUCUUCGACUUUACCAGCAACAAGACCACCGGGCCUGUACCAGGCCCCCGAGAUCCAGCAGCAGAACAUCAGCCAGGCAGGCCAAGGUAGUGACGUUUGGUCUAUAGGUAUUGUGGCACUCAUGGUCCUCGCGUUCAUGAGCAAUGGUCCGACAGAGGUCUCAAUGUUGGAGACGUGGUUGAAGGUCAGUUUCAAUGGUGCUGGAAGGGAGCCUUUAACCUAUGUGAGGAGCGACCAACGUUCUUGG